ACACCGUUUGAAAAUAUUGUAUGCCGAUCAGGAUGCCCUCUUUUUUCAUUACUGGAUACGGUUUAGUGAGUUGCAUUCGCAGUUUACUUUUUUUUCUCUUCGCUUUAUUGGUCUGGCACCUUUUCGCUUCUAUCACACACAUACAUAUAUUGAAAUAAACUCAACCGAUGAACGUAUCUCGUAUCAACUAUGGUCACUUGUUUCGAUACGAUCAGCCCGAAGACAUCAGCGGCGCACGAGGACUCGAUAUGAUCUUUGCCUUGCAAAAGAGGCUCAAAGCACUUUUACAGCAAAAAGAAGCAAUGCACAACGAAUUAGUCACCGCCACAACUAUUCGAGAUCGGCAUUUGGAAGAACAAGCAGCUUUCAAAGAGGACAAUGGGAGACUGCGACAGCAAAUGGACGAGAUUGUUCAAAUCAUCGACGAAAAGCAAGCUCUCAUUGACACUUUAAAACAAACGGUAGAACAAGGGAAGCAAGAUGCUGAACAGUCGCAAAAGGCAGCAGCAGCAGAAAAGAAAAAUUCAGAAACACUUCAAACGAAAGUAAACGAAUACCGCCAGCAGAUCGAACAGGCACAAACGCGCGCUGAGCAAGCUCGAGCCCAAACUGAAGCAUUGAAAUCUUCGCUUGUUCAUCUGGAGCGGCGCCAGGCAUAUGAAACGGCUACUCAAAAGGAUGUGAUUGCAUUGUUGCAUGAAACGCGCAGCACCAUCGAAUCUACAAUCGAAUUAUUGCAACAAAAAGGACGUGAAAUUCAGCUUCAUCAUAUUCAGCGACAAGAAAUCCUUCAGUCCGCUCAAAACAUCCAGCAGAAAGCGAGUGAAGCAGAAAGUCAAGCAUGGAAAGAUGAAGUCUGCGCUUUAACAGAACACUUAAAAAGUCUCAACAAGGAGGAUGAAGAAUUGGCUGGUUCUGUAGAGAACUGUAAAAAUCAAGUGGAGUCAUUGGUGAAGCGAGUACGGUUGCAUCAGACAGAAAUACAGUGAAAGCCGUUC